AUGGCUACAACAAAAAUGUUGCUGAUUUUCUUGGUGGUGAACACAAUAAUCCCAAUUGUUUUCCCCCUUACAUUAUACGAUUGGCAAAUUCUAAUUCGAAACGAGUCCCGAAAUCAGAAUUUAACGACUCAUUGCAUUACGAAUAAUGGAGGUGAAGAUGUCGGGGUCCACACGCUCCAACCUACUUGGAAAGAAUUUUUUGUGUGUCACGUGCUUGUUAAGAAGAGGAGUUUGGCAUCAUGUGACAUGAGCAUGGGAAAUUCGCAUGUGCAUUUAGAUGUGUACGAUUCCGACAGAGAUAGUAAAAGGUGCUCCGGUAAAACGUGCAUUUGGGAUGUGAAUGACGAUGGAUUGUUUUUGGAAAUUAAUGGCCAACGGGUUCUUCAGUAUCGAUGGUCGUAG